AUGAGCUUAAGGUUGCUUUCAGAGAAGGCGAACACGCAGGCGCUCAAGGCGCUGCUCUGCUGCUACUAUGCCCAGCGGCCGGUGGAGUUGACGCUCUCUGCCUCGCACACACUUCCAGUGCUUCAUCACCCGGCGUUCAAGAAACCCAUUUUCGCCGCGAACGAGAUGGCGCGUGUGAUUCUGCACUGCACUUACACAGAUGGACUCACGAAUGGGAAUGACAGCAGGCCCGGCAAUGGUGACAGUAACAAGAGCGUUUUGUCGAAUGCUUCACUGGAGGAGGAGGCCUGGAUGGAGUGGGAGGCGACCACCUUCACGCGGGCGGUGCAUUCGUUGUAUACCCAGCGCCGGGCGACGCCAGAGGCCAUGGCGGUGUUUGAGUACCUUGACAAUAAGGUCAGCGCAAACAACUGUAGGGGUCUUUGUAUGGUUCCCGCGGAGGGGACGGAGGCAACCCCUUCGUUUCUUAUUGAUUGCAUCAUUUGGUGUGCCGUUUUGCCGGCAUUGUGCGAAGGUGGUCUGCUGAGUGAACAGGAGCGCGCGCAGGUGCCGUAUCUCUUGAAAUGGUUUCAGUUGUUUCAGGCGACAAGAGAAGAGCUUAUAGCUGGCGCCUUUGAGGCUCUUGCAGUGCAGGAGUUGGCGGAUUUUCUGCGCGCGCCGCGCGUGUACAAGGUAUCACCGAGCGUCAGUAAAGUCUUCUUUAUUACGGCACCUAUUUAUUAUGUGAAUGCUUCCCCACAUAUUGGCCAUGUUUACAGCACCCUGAUUGCGGAUGUCAUUGCCCGGUACCACACCAUAAAAGGGGAGCGUGUGUUUGUGAUGACGGGAACCGACGAGCACGGGCAAAAGGUGGCAGACGCUGCCCGACAGAAGGGCGUGACACCGUACGACUUUACAACUAAGGUGUCCAUGGAGUUUAAGGAAUGCUUCGCGCAGAUGGGGUACCGCAUGGACUACUUCAUCCGCACCACAAGUGAAAGUCACAAAAAGGUUGUGGGCGAGCUAUGGUCGAAACUCGAGGCUCAGGGGGAUAUCUACCUGGGCCGCUAUGAGGGGUGGUAUUCGGUGAGUGACGAGUCCUUUUUGACAGCGCAGAACGUCACCGACGGUGUGGACAAGGACGGCAAUCCAUGCAAGGUGAGCCUUGAGAGCGGCCACGUUGUGACAUGGCUAGCGGAGGAAAACUACAUGUUUCGUCUCAGCGCCUUUCGUGAGCGCCUGCUGGAGUGGUACAACAACAACCCCGGCUGCAUUGUCCCGGAGUUUCGCCGCCGUGAGGUCAUCCGUGCGGUGGAAAAGGGCCUAAACGACCUGAGCGUCUCGCGCACGAGGGAGUCUGUGCACAACUGGGCCUUUCCGGUUCCUGGAAACCCAGAACACUGCGUCUAUGUUUGGCUUGAUGCCCUCUCCAACUACUACACCGGCGCACGCCUUCGCCUAGGUGCGUCCGGGGAGGAGCUGGAACUCGUCGAGGACUACCGUGAGCUGGAGCGUUUUCCUGCCGAUGUGCACGUUAUUGGGAAGGAUAUUUUGAAGUUUCACGCCAUUUAUUGGCCAGCCUUUUUGCUUUCAGCGGGUCUUCCUUUGCCCAAAAAGAUCGUUGCACAUGGUUGGUGGACCAAGGAUCACAAAAAGAUCAGCAAAUCCCUUGGCAACGUCUUUGAGCCCGUGGAAAAGGCACGUGAGUUUGGCCACGAUGCACUUAAGUAUUUUCUUCUACGCGAGUCCGGCUUCUCUGAUGAUGGCGACUACAGCGACAGGAACAUGAUUGCCCGUCUUAACGGUGAGCUUGCCGACACCCUUGGCAAUCUCGUGAUGCGGUGCAUCUCCGCCAAGAUCAACGUCAAUCGGGAGUGGCCGACCCCUGACGUCUACAACGACAAGGAUGAACUGCUUAUUCAGUUCAUCAAAGAUAUGCCUGGCACGGUAGAUCACUUCUUCUGCAUCCCUGACGUGCAAAAGGCGCUGGCGGCUGUGUUUGAGGUUCUUCGCGCCAUCAACAGCUACAUCACGGAGAACGCUCCGUGGAAGCUGGUGAAGACAGAUUCUGCUCGGCUGCGUACAGUGUUGUACAUCAGCAUGGAGGGAGUUCGCCUGGCGACGCUCAUGCUUAGCCCGGUUCUCUCACAGAAGGCACCUGUUAUUUUUGACAUGCUGGGAGUCCCAGAGGCGAAUCGUAUCGGGUUGGAGAAUUUUGAGUUUGGCGUCAUCCCAUCCGGGACGCCUAUCGGCACCGUGGCGGAGGGUGAAGUUGUGUUUCCGAAGCGUUCGCUGGACGAUGCACAGACUGCGUAA